AUAACCUGGCCGGAAGCCAGCGACAUACCCACCUCACCCGCCUGCCGCCUGCUCUUCCUCUUCCCCACAACUUCCAAUUCUGCCUUCUGUCUCGCCCUUCCUCUUCUCAGAUCCGCGGGCUCCUCGUCGUCGUGAUCCAUCCAUCAAUCCUUCCCGCGCGUCCACACGCCAUGAUCGCCGCGCCUCCGAUGACGCAAGCCCCGGCGCCGGCUGCAGCGACAGCCGGGUUCCGUCGGCCCGCCUCCCGCCGGACGGUGCGGUGCGCGGUAGCCGUCGCGUCCGCGGCGCCGGCCGGCAGGUGCACGCUCUACGAGGUGCUGGGGCUGCGCGCCGGCGCGACGGGCGGCGAGAUCAAGGCAGCGUACAGGCGCCUGGCGCGGGAGCUGCACCCUGACGUCGCCGGCUCGCCCGGCGACGGCUUCAUCCGGCUACACGACGCGUACGCCACGCUCGCCGACCCGGCCGCCCGCGCGCGCUACGACCGUGACGUCGUCGCCCAGGCCUACGCGCAGCCGCCCGCGGCCAGGCCGUCGCCGCACAGCUUCUGGGGCCGGCCUCGCCGCACCUGGGAGACCGACCAGUGCUGGUAGUGCUAGAUCCAACCUCGUCUCGACCGGCAGCUUGGGACCUGUGAAUACCGCCCUAGCGCCGCCCGCACCGCACUCCUUGGCCCCUCACCUGAGUUUUUUUUACUACGGUGAACACCCCGUGCGCCUGUGCACAUCUAACCCAGCGGCAUCCUCUCUUCUGCCGUUCUCAAUGAGUAGAAUUAAUCUUCGCAACAAUGCGAUCAAUCCCAGGAUCAGAAUUUGAAGAAAUCGGACUGUGCCCUUGAAAAUGCAAUGUGUUCA